AUAAUGAUGAGAUAGGAGAAAGGAAGGAAGGAAGAAAGAAAGAAAGAGAAACCAAGAAAAAGGAAAUAAGAAUUCUUCCCUGGAUUUUUCUUUUUUAAAUCUUGGUUUUUGCAGGGUCAAUUAAUUCUCUCUUUACUUUUUAUGAGCUUUUCAGCCCACGUUCAAACGUAGCAGAGAGCUCGGCGAAGAGGAUUAACAGCACGGAUCAUUAUCAUCUUAUGUUUGAUUCAGCUUUCUCGAGUGGAAACUAUUUGUUUUCUAGCAGUUUGGCUUCAUAUUGGGGAUGGAAACGCCACCAGCAGAGGAGCUGUUGAAGAAGAUCCAGGAGCUGGAGGCGGGUCAAGCGCAUCUUAAGCAAGAGAUGUCUAGGCUCAGGCUAUCCUCCGCCGAUCAUCCCCAGAGGUCGCAUUCGGUUUCGCCGCAAAGGUCGACGACGUUGACGGCGAGGCCGAGGAGGAGAGGCCCCGGUGCUGGCGGAGGUUCGGGAUUCGACGGAGCUGCUGCGGCGUGGAAGAAAGGUUCGGGGUCGUUUCGGCAUUCUUCGCCGCUGCAGAGAGAGAGCAGGAGCUCUGGUACUGUGAAUGCUGGAGCGGGAGCAAGUGGUGGUGGCGGCGGUGGGAGACCGUCGGCAGUGAAUUUCACAGAGAAGCAGUGUUUGAAUAUAUUGCAGUCUAUGGGCCAGUCUGUCCAUAUAUUUGACUUUAAUGGCCGUAUAAUCUACUGGAAUCGCACUGCUGAAAACCUCUAUGGUUAUUCUGCCGCAGAAGCACUUGGGCAGGAUGCUGUUGAGAUUCUUGUAGAUCCCCGGGACUUUCCCUUAGCACGCAAUAUAAUCCACCGGGUUAGCAUGGGGGAGAGAUGGACGGGGGAAUUCCCUGUCAAGAAUAAGAUGGGGGAGAAGUUUUCUGCCAUUGCAACCAAUACUCCGUUCUAUGAUGAUGAGGGGACUUUAAUAGGGAUUAUUUGUGUCUCAAAUGAUUCACGUCCCUUUAAAGAAAUGAGGGUUGCAUUGUCGAAUCCAAGUCACUCAGAAGGGUCUUCAAGCUUUAACCGGGCCAGAAGCACAGUUACAUCUAAACUUGGUCUUGAUUCCCAGCAGCCUCUCCAAGUUGCAAUUGCCUCAAAAAUAUCAAAUUUGGCAUCUAAGGUGAGCAACAAAGUCAAGUCAAGAAUUCGAACUGGAGAAAAUUUGAUGGACCGUGAAGGUGGGAGUGGAGAUUCCGAUCAUGGUUACUCCGAUGCUGCUCUCUUUGAUCAGAAUAGGGAGGAUGCUACAUCAAGUGGAGCUAGCACACCCAGAGGAGAUUUACCUGCAUCUCCUUUUGGUGUAUUUUCUCCUGCUGACGAGAAAACUCCUGUGAAAUCCUCCGGAGAAUCAGGUGAGGAUUCUGAGGGAAAACCCACGAUCCAAAAGAUUAUUACCUCGAAGGCAGAACAGUGGAUGGGCAAGAAAGGUUUAUCAUGGCCAUGGAAAGGGAAUGAGCGGGAAGUACCAGAGGUAAAAACUGCUCGCUUUGUUUGGCCCUGGUUGCAUAAUGAUCAAGAAAAUGAAUCAGUUCAGCAGAAGAAUCCCUUCUCUGGUUCAAAGACUGAAAGCUAUGCAAAUGAAAGUACUAAGCCUGCCAAUAAUGAGGCCUCUGGGUCCUGGUCCUCCUCUGUUAACAUUAACAGCACAAGCAGUGCCAGCAGCUGUGGAAGUACCAGCAGUAGUGCUAUUAAUAGAGUGGACAUGGACACUGACUGCUUGGAUUAUGAAAUCUUGUGGGAGGACUUGACUAUUGGAGAACAAAUUGGACAAGGUUCUUGUGGAACUGUAUAUCAUGGUCUGUGGUUUGGAUCAGACGUUGCUGUUAAAGUAUUCUCCAAACAAGAGUAUUCAGAUGAUGUGAUAGAUUCCUUUCGACAAGAGGUGUUGCUGAUGAAAAGACUUCGACAUCCAAAUGUUCUGCUCUUUAUGGGAGCUGUGACUUCUCCUGAACAUCUCUGUAUUGUCACAGAGUUUCUGCCACGAGGAAGUUUAUUUCGGUUACUGCAUAGGAACACACCCAAACUAGAUUGGCGACGGCGUAUCCAUAUUGCCUUGGAUAUAGCACGAGGCGUGAAUUAUCUUCAUCAUUGCAAUCCUCCUAUAAUCCAUCGUGAUUUGAAGUCAUCAAAUCUGCUAGUUGAUAAGAAUUGGACUGUGAAGGUUGGUGAUUUUGGUCUUUCACGUCUCAAGCACGAAACAUAUCUCACCACCAAGACUGGGAAGGGGACGCCUCAAUGGAUGGCACCAGAAGUUCUUCGUAAUGAACCCUCGGAUGAGAAAUCUGAUGUGUAUAGCUAUGGAGUGAUUUUAUGGGAGCUUGCAACUGAGAAAAUCCCAUGGGAUAAUCUCAAUUCAAUGCAGGUGAUUGGGGCUGUAGGGUUCAUGAACCAGCGGCUAGAAAUUCCCAAGGAAGUGGAUUCACAGUGGGCUUCUAUAAUUGAGAGCUGCUGGCACAGCGAUCCACAGUUUCGUCCGACAUUCCAAGAACUUCUCGAAAAGCUUAGAGACAUGCAGAGACAAUACGCGAUUCAGAUCCAGGCAGCCCGUUCGACGAUAGUUACUGGAGAUAACUCCCAAAAGGAAGGGUAAAACGAUUCAGAUCCACGUAGCUUUCGGGUUUCUGUUCCCCUCACUUGGCAUAUGGGCCUCUUUUUGGGGCAAAGAUUUCCACCAAUUGCCUCUUUGCCACUGAGAUUGCAAGUGGUAUUAUUAGCUUUGGCACCCACAAAAAGCAUGAGGGCAGGAAAAAAAAAAAAGAAAGGAUAGUGUAGUUGGCAUCAUGUUUUGUUUGUGCAUUGCUUGCCUAAUUUUCCAAUGUUGAUAAGUUAGUUGGAAAUUUGGAGUUG